UUUCAUAGCCAUAAGAGUGAUUCGCACCGCCAAAACCCUCCCCAAAACCCCGUCUCUCACCAGACCAUGCGCCACCUACUGAAUACCCACCGCUGCCACCCCCUCCUCCGCCACUCCAAGGCCGCCGUGGCCUCCCUCCAUUCCUCCCGCUACAAGGCCCCGAGGUCUCCGCCUCCCCCGCCGGACCCUCCAAAGCCGCCGAGGCCGCCGCGGAAGCCGGAGACUUUCGCCCUCCACGACGCGACGUGGGAGGACCCCUACAGCUGGAUGUCGAAGCUGAACGACAAGGUCGCGAUGCGGCACAUGGACGUGCACAUGGAGCAGGAGGAGAAGUACACCGAGGCCUUCAUGUCCGACACCGACAAGCUCCAGAGCAAACUCCAGUCCGAGAUGGCCUCUCGCCUCUCGUUUGAACUCUCAACGCCUCCUCUCCGCUCGGGCCCUUGGCUAUACUAUAGGCGAGUUGAAGAAGGAAAGCAGUAUCCAGUGCUCUGUAGACGACUAGCGAGCUUAAAUGAAGAGUUCAUCUCUCAUAUAUCUCCUUCAGCUGGAUUUGAUUUCACCUCAGGGAAGAGAAUUGAGCAGAAGCUUAUUGACUACAAUCAAGAAGCUGAGAGAUUUGGAGGUUAUGCUUAUGAAGAGUUAUCGGAGGUAUCCCCGAACCAUCUAUUUUUUGCAUACACCAUGUAUGACAAGGACAAUGACCUCUUUAAGUUAUCUGUGAGGAAUUUAAAUUCGGGUUCAUUAUGUAGUAAGCCUCAAGCUGAAAGAGUGUCGGGUCUAGCUUGGGCAAAGGAUGGGAAGGCAUUACUCUAUGUUGUCACAGAUCAAAACAAACGACCCUGUAGGCUAUACUGUAGCAUGAUUGGAUCAACUGAAGAAGAUGUUCUGAUCCUGCAAGAACUGGAUGAUAAUAUUCAUAUUAACAUACGGCAUACUAAGGAUUUCCAGUUUGUGACCGUUAAUACCUUCUCAGUUGCAUGUUCAAAGGUGUUUCUGAUAAAUGCAGCAGAUCCACUUUCGGGAAUGACACUUGUUUGGGAGAGUAAAGGUCUAUGCCAUUGCGUAGUUGAACACCAUAAGGGCUACCUUUUUCUAUUCACAGAUGCUACAAAAGAUGGUAAACCUGUAGAGAAUCAUUAUCUUCUUCGAAGUCUUGUAAAUCCUUCUUAUGGUCCAGCAACUUGGGAGAAUGUACUUGUUGAUGAUGAAGAUUCGGUCAUUGAGGAUGUUGACUUCAGUGAUAAGUACUUGGUUCUUAUACUAAGAAAAGAUGGAAAUUACAGAAUUUGUUCACUCGCCCUACCUCUUGGGAAGGGUCAGAUUCAUCUUAAGGAGGCUAACCCUUGUUUCUUACCUCUUCCAAAUUUUGUCUCCCAAAUCUCACCUGGACCAAAUUAUGACUACUAUUCCACUACGAUGCGCUUCACAAUAUCAUCACCUGUGAUGCCAGAUGCUGUGGUUGACUAUGAUUUAUCAAAUGGUAUAUGGAAUAUCAUACAGCAGCAAAAUCUGCUUCAUGAGAGGACACGAAUUUUGUAUGGCACGGCUUCUUCUGUUAGCAUUCAUGGAAAAUUCUCUUCUAUGGCUGAGGUUAAAUUGGAGGAUAAUCCAUGGAAUGAGCUUUCUGAGUUUUAUGCUUGUGAACGUCACGAAGUUCCUUCAUGUAAUGGGGUUGUUGUUCCUUUGACUAUUGUGUAUUCACGCACUAAUAAGAGGGAAAAUUCAAAGCCUUGUUUGCUGCAUGGACACGGAGCUUACGGUGAGCUGCUUGACAAACGUUGGCGCAAUGAACUUAAGAGUCUUCUUGAUCGUGGUUGGGUUGUUGCAUAUGCUGAUGUUAGAGGUAGUGGUGGCAGAGGUAGGUCUUGGCAUCAUGACGGAAGAAAUAGGAAAAAGCGAAAUUCAAUUGAAGAUUAUAUUGCCUGUGCCAGGUUCCUGAUUGACAAAAAGAUGGUACAUGAAAAAAAACUUGCUGGUUGGGGAUAUAGUGCUGGGGGACUUUUAGUUGCUUCAGCCAUUAACAAGUGUCCAUACUUAUUUUGUGCUGCAGUUUUGAAGGUACCCUUUUUGGAUGCGACAAACACACUUCUCUAUCCCAUUUUACCACUUACAGCUAGUGACUAUGAAGAAUUUGGUUACCCUGGGGAUGUUGAGGACUUUCGGGCCAUAAGGGAGUAUUCUCCGUAUGACAAUAUCCCAAAUGAUGUGUCUUUUCCUGGAAUUCUGGUGACCUCUUCCUUUAGUACACGAUUUGGGGUUUGGGAAGCUGCGAAGUGGGCUGCACGAGUCCGCGAAAACACUAUUUACAACCCUGAACGGCCAAUACUUCUCAAUCUAACUACUGAUAUAGUAGAAGAAAACCGGUAUCUGCAUUGCAAGGAAUCAGCACUGGAGACAGCUUUUCUUAUUAAAGUGGUGGAUUCCUAGGUUUGGCUUUUCCAUCACCCGUAACGUGUUUGUGUAAAAGAACGAGACAAUACAUUUCUCAAACACAUUCAACGAGUCUUAACAAGUGCCUUUGAAGGUCACCUUAUGACA